AACUUGGUCAUUUAUGCACGGAUUUAAUUUUUGUAUAUUGUGUUAAACCUAUAUUUUUAUUACAUUGUGUUAAAUGAAAUAAUAUGUACAUCAUGAAAUUUCUCAAUUGUUUAAAGGUAAGCCGUCAAAAAGGAGGUUAAAAUGGAAUUUAGAUAGAGCCACUAAAUUUGUAAAUUUAUUGAUGGAAUAUACUGAUGAACCUCUAGAGGGACUGAAGAAUAAAAAAAUAGAUAAAAGUGUUUGGUUAAAACUUGAACAAGAUUUUGAGAAGCAGCAGGAAUAUCUACAACAUUUUUGGAAUACUACUCUUCACUGUCAACUAUUUAUUAAAUGUCACUUUACAUUAAGAAAGUUAAGAAGAUGUGUUUUUAAAGUAUUACGAAGUUCUUCAUUUAAAGUUUGGCCAGAUAUUCGAUGGAAAGAAGUAGUUUCGAAAUUUCCAGAUGGAUUUACUCAUAAAUUUUUAUAUUGGACAACAAUACGAGUUUUUAAGAAAUUCAAAACAUAUUCAAAGACACCACUUCAAGAACUUGUCGAUUAUGGUUUAGAUAUUACCAGAUCGAAAUAUCCACGUCGUAAUUGUAAACUGAGAACUUUAACGUUAAAUGAAUAUGGUCAUCUGGAAGAGAUAUAUUACAAAGAUAAGCUUAAAAUUAGUUUUUUUUAAUAAAACUUGAAACUUAUUUU